AUGGCAGAAAUAAAAAAAGAUGGUUACCUUCAAGUGAAAGAAGAUGGGCUUAGAUCCUGGAUUUGGUCAAAGCGUUAUGUUGUUUUGCGUGAGCAAACAAUCACCUUCCAUCGUAACGAACAAACAGGACAAUGCGUAGCGCUUGUCUUUUUAAAAGACAUCACAGCGGUAACAAGAUCUGAAGCAAGGCCUUAUUGUUUUGAACUGGGUACAAAACCGAAAUCGUACUACAUUGCUUGUCGCAAUGACGAGGAACUUUAUUCUUGGAUGGAUGAAAUAUAUAAUCGAUCUCCAUUGGGUGCUUCAGGUCCAACAGAUUUUGUACAUCAAGUUCAUGUUGGUUUUGAUCCUAUAUCAGGUGCAUUCACAGGACUGCCCGACCAAUGGAAUGCACUUUUAAAAGGAUCUAAAAUCACACCAGAAGAUGCUGCAAAAAACCCUCAGGCAGUAUUAGAAGCACUUGAAUUCUAUACAGAACAAACAAGAGGAGAGAAAAAUACGUUUGCUAAAAAUGAGCCCUAUCAGAGAAAUUAUGAAGAACAGGAGAAAAAGAAUAACCAUUUAAAGUCUAGUCAAUCCACACCUGCUCCUAGACAUAUUCGUGAACCGCCUUCUAGACCCAUGGUACCAAAGCCAGAUACAAAACUAGAGAACUCAGUCGUUGUAAAAAUGCCUAAGGUCAUUGAAGAAGAAUCGCAUGCACUCGAAGAACCCUCAAAAAUACCCAAACCAUCAGCAUACAAGCCAAUUUCACCUACACCUACCACACUCAGUGGAUCCCUUCCUCGUAAAAACACCAAGAUAUCUCGACAAAACUCAACUGAACGUACGGCUAAAUUUGAACUGGAAAAGGAGAGAUUAAAAGAAGCUGCUGCUGCUCUGGAUCGUGAAAAAUCUUUACCCAAACGUACAAAAGAAGAACCUAUCAAGAAGAAGCCAUCGAUACCUCAACCUCAACCUCAGGUAUCUACACCUGUUCCUUCCACAGUGCAUCAUGAAGAUGGUGCAAACCAAUUCAAAGAGAACAUACCUCCAAAGAAAGAUCAAAGAAUCAGUACCAUGAGUGAUUCACAAAUCAUGGAGAGAUUAAGGUCUGUAGUUACGACAGGUGAUCCUAACUUGCUUUACAAGAGAACAAAGCGCAUUGGGCAAGGUGCUUCAGGUUCUGUUUAUCUGGCUAGUCACCUCUCAACCCAUGCUAAAGUAGCUGUCAAACAAAUGGACUUGUCAAAGCAAUCACGUCUUGAUCUCAUUGUGAAUGAAAUCAUGAUCAUGAAAGAGUCGCAUCACAGCAACAUUGUGAACUUUCUUGAUUCAUUCUUGGUACGUGGCGAUUUGUGGGUAGUCAUGGAAUUCAUGGAGGGUGGCGCCUUAACAGAUGUAAUUGAACAUAAUACCAUGACAGAACAACAGAUUGCUACAGUUUGUUACGAGACUGCGAAAGGGUUAGAUCAUUUGCACUCACAAAACAUCAUUCACCGUGAUAUUAAAUCAGAUAAUGUCUUGUUAAAUUUCCAAGGUCAAGUCAAGAUCAGUGACUUUGGUUAUUGUGCUAAAUUGACAGAUCAAAGAAACAAACGAGCCACAAUGGUGGGCACGCCUUAUUGGAUGGCACCUGAAAUUGUUAAGCAAAAAGAAUAUGGCGCUAAAGUAGACAUUUGGUCUUUGGGUAUCAUGGCUAUUGAAAUGAUUGAGAAUGAGCCACCUUAUUUAGAUGAAGAGCCCCUGAAAGCACUUUAUUUGAUUGCCACCAAUGGCACACCUUCUCUGAAAAAUCCCGAAAAAUUAUCCAAAGAACUCAAGAGCUAUUUGGCUGUCUGUUUAUGUGUGGAUGUCAAGUCUCGUGCCUCUGCUUCAGAGUUAUUAAACCAUGAUUUCUCUAAAAAAGCGGGUCCAGUUGAUAUUCACUUGUCUUGUCUCUUGAAAUUCAAAAAGAAAUAA